AUUGGUAGUUUAAAAUCAAUUGAACCUUGUAAUAUAUAAAAAUAAUAAUAAUAAUUUUAGUCGUAUAUACUGCAUUAAAAGUGAGAUGCAAGUGCAUUGAUUAUCAUCGUCUCCUUGAAUAGCCAACACUUAUUAAGGCAAUCACAUAGUUUAUCGGAAUAGUUCCUCGUUGGCCUAGGCCUAGUGCACUACGUGUAAAAUGGAGCGCAAAAGUGUGUCAGAAAGUAUUGAAUUUUUUCAAAAAAUUUUACGGCAGUAUGAAAAUGAUCCGAAGUUAGAAGUGACUAACUGCACUGAGGAAGCUGGAAGUAAUAUUGGAGACAAUUAUAUGUCUGUCGUGAUACGUACGAUUGUGGACGGAAAAUCUGGAAAUGGAAAAAACUACAAAAAAACUCUCAUAACGAAACAUUGCCCUCACUGGCGCCCAACAGCAAAAAUAGCUCGUAAUGCGGAAUUGUUUUUUAACGAAGCUCAUGUGUUCAAAAAUGUACUUCCACACUUGAAACAUGUCGCUCCUCCAUGUGUUUACGCUAGUCCUGAUGAGAUUGUUCUAGAGGACAUGAGAAUACAUGGUUAUGUCGUACAACCAAGAAGCAAUCUUCUCGACAUGGAACAUUGUACAGCCGUUGUUCAGAAAUUGGCAUUUUUACAUGCGUCAUCUUUGGCCUUGAAAUUAAAGAAUCCGUCUCUCUUCAUCGAGCUGAUGACACCAUUGAAAGAAAUCGUUUUUCCUGAAGACGAUGCACCAUCUUUUGGCAAAUCGAUUGACUUAAGUAUUGGUCUCGCAGUAAGACAUCUGGAGUCGCUCGAACAAUCUUCUGAACUGGUCAAUGCAAUCAAACUCUUGGAAUCUAAGACAAAAGAUGUUUUCAACAUAAUGAAAAAUCUUGUUGCACCAGGACGUGAUAAAUAUAAUUCAAUGAGUCACGGUGAUUGUUGGAACAAUAAUAUUUUGUUCAAACACGAUGCUAAUGGCCACGUAUGUGACGUUAAGCUGAUCGACUUCCAAAUAGUUCGACACGCAUCGCCAGCAAUCGAUUUUCACUAUUUCACAUACUCGAGUGCUCAAUCGUCUAUUAUUGAGGAACGUUACGAUGAACUUGUACAAAUUUACCACCGACAUUUUGUCAAUACUUUGAAGCAUAUGCGUGUUAAUGAAACUGAUAUACAAGCUCUGUCCUUGGCUUGGUUCAAAAGUGAGCUCAAAGAAUAUGCAGAGUACGGAUUGUUUACCGGCGCAUGGAUUAUCAAUGCAGUAUUAGCAGAAGAUGAGGAUCUCAUUAAUAUGGACGACGUUGAUCCUGAAUUUUUUAAGGAGAAACAAGAUUGUUUUCCGAUCAAGCCAAUCAAAGCUCACAGGAUCAAGUGCAUUGUUCUCCACUACAUGAAGACGUAUUUAUAAGUAUACCCAUUAAAUGCUAGCUUCACCAUUUAUCUAUGAGUCUUGCUCCCGAUAUUUGGGGCAGAUUUGAAUUGCAAGUCUUAGGCUAGCCUUUCGUAAGGAUUUCGGUGAAGUUAUGAUUUAGUUCUAGGAGAAAAUUGUUGCCAGAAGCAUGUUGAAUCUACAUUGCGCAUGGCUCGCUCAAGAUCUGCUUAAGUUCAAAUUGGUAGGGGAAAGAAUAGUAUGAGGAGUAUCGCGCGUCUUGAGCAGAUCUCGAGCAAGCCAUUCGCAAGUUUUUUGAGCAAAAAAUGUGUUAGAAACUUUUGACUACAUCAUGUUAAAAGUAUUUUCAAUACUCUUGCCUGUGAUACAAUGAGCAAAUCAUACACAAUUUUUAAGUCAGUUCCUGGCUACACAAUCUUGCACAAGGCACAUACAUAAAAGAAGACCAUAGUAAGUAUGGGCCUUGCACAAGGCCCUUAUACAAGAGUACUUGCUUAAGUACGUGUUACUAGGGUCUUGUACAAGGAUUAAAAUAGAACUUUCUGUUAUGUUGCACUUGAAGAACUGCGCAAGAAUAUUUAAGAUAUCUUGUAUAGGGCGCAAUGGUACGGUGAUUCGUUUCUAACACAUUUUGAGCAAGACAUGGUCAAUUUUUUUUUUUUAUACAAUAUCAUGUGCAUUCCUACAACAAUCUUGUCUUAGAAGCUUGCAUUGAUAUCUUGUGGCAGGUCUAUAGGUAUAUAAAGACGUAAACGCCUAGGGAUUCUCCGUAAAAUAUUUAUGUAAGAAUAGUACAAGACGACUACAAAAUUGUCUUGUGUCCUUCACCUUGGGCAAGUCUAUGUUGUAUUAAAAAAUUCUGUGAUCGGUGUCUUGACCGGCAACUUGUGAUGGAUGUUGUUACAUGAGUAUUGAAGUGGUUCAUCACUUUCUGAGAAAUAUUGUUUUUCGAUAGUAUUAAAAAUUGUUAUAUUUGUAUUAUGAAAUGUAUAAAUAUGUUUGUUAUAUAUAUUUAUUAAAGAAUUUGUAGUUUUUUCUCCAACUGACAUCAAAAUUAAAAUUAUUCGACUAGGA